AGUGAGCAUGUAGCCCCCUCUGCUGGUCGGAUCCGAGGAGUGCAUGUCCUUAUAUGGCAGCUGCCCGAUAUCCAACCCCGGGCCGCCUCCUCCUGCAGGCUGCGGCGGGUGGACAGCCCCAGGAAUAAGGAUACAGCCAGUCAGCUGUGUGCGUGUGCGGAGCCCACAAACCCCGACAGGAUCGUGCGGCUCCCAGAUCCCGACCCGUUGGGCUUCAAACUUUACUCUGGAGGAGCUGAUAUGGAGUAAAAGGAGCGGAGGGAGUGCGGGCUCCUCCCCCUGUGGUGGCCUGGCAACAUCAUGGCGUCUCGGCUGUUGGACCGCCUGAAGCGCUCGCUGUUUAAAGAUGGUCAGGGGCUGGAACCUGAGCAGGAAGAAGGCGGCGGGCCGGAAGAGGAGGCGUUCAACCAGGAUCGCUGGGAGGACGAGCUGGCGGAGGAUGAGGAGUGUGUAACCGAUCGGCUCGGAGGGAUGCUGUGCUUCGACGGCACGGACGGCGGUCUGGAGGAUGGAGCCGAGGGUGAAGGGUCAGGACAGGACAGCGACUCUGACUUCCUGGGAGAGUCGAUGGAGGAUGGUCCCAGCAGCAUGGACACCAGUCCUGUGGGUAUUUCCCCAGUGGGCCACUCCUCCUCUUCCUCCUCCUCCCUGCUGACUCGGCAGCUUCAGGAGAGCUGGAGGAGUUUGCGCGGACUCAGUGGAGGAAGCUCGGUCUCCUCUGUGAGAUGGCAGACGGACAGCUUGUUGUUCGAGGUGACCGACGCCAGCGUGGUGCAGGACGGCUCCUCAAAAUAUGUGCUGUACACGAUCCAUGUGAUCCAGUCUGGCGCGAGCGAUAAGAUUCCUGCCAUCAUCACGCGUCGGUACUCUGACUUUCGGCGCCUCCAUGCCACUCUUCGCCGUAAACACGGCGAGCACAUGGAGCGUUUCUGUUUCCCACGAAGAAAACUCAGGAGGAAUUUCACAGCAGAGACGAUCGCUAAGCGGAGCCGGGCGUUUGAACAGUACCUGUCUCACCUGUGUUCCCUGCAUGCCCUGCGGGAGGCGCUGUGUGUCCGUCAGUUCUUCUGCUUAACCGACCUGGAGACUGGACAGCUGCUCAUCAGGGCGGGACGUUACCAGGAUGCCUUGGGUCCUCUGCUCAAUGCCAAGAGACUGCAGCAGAAACUGGGAUGGGCAAGUUACUAUGACAACCAGACUCAGGCCCCUCCUCCAACCUCCUCCCAUUGGUUGUUCACCCUGGUGGGACUUUCGAGCUGUUUCCAGCAGGUGGACCAGCUGGAGGAGGCCCGAGAUAACUGUGACCACGCCCUGCGUGUUCUUACCCCCACCGAAACUCAGACUAACACAGAGGAUAAGCCUCUCCCACCUGACAAUAAGCCCUUCCAACAGUCGGAGACAUUGCAUCUGCAUGACGACAGGCCACACCCCCUGCUGUUGCCGCUGUUACAAGUGAUGGUUCGGCUGUCGUGGCAGACGGGAAAAGACAAGCGACAGUGGGAGGAGCUUCUGCAUCAUCUGGAGGAGCGGUGGGUGGGGCUAGACAAUCAUCCAACCAUCAAAGAAUUUCUGGUCAAACACAACCUGCAGGAUGGCGAGGGCUAAAGAGCGCGCACGCUGCAGAGUGCAAUCAGUACGGUACGGGUCGAGUGCUAGAGCCACUGCAGGGGAAACAAAGCCGAGAUUUUCAAAAUAAAAUCUGAAUGUUUUGAAUAAUUUUAGUUUUAUUUCUAAUAAAAAAAGUUAUUAAAGGGAAACAAGUUUCACCUAUAAAACCUGCUUUUUAAUGUUGUGACGUUGGACAUUUUAAUGUGGGAUUGGAGGCAGCCUCAAGUGGCCGUUAGAGGAACUCCAGCUGUUCACACGUGUUUGGUUUGAGUAAUAAAACCAAAAACAUUGUUCUGAAAAAGAGUGAUGUUAAUGUAAUGAAAGAGUAGGCUUCAGUAAAUAUCUGGGGGAAAGAAUCAAAUCACAGAAGCUUGAUUACAAAGUGACGGAGCUGAUGAGACUGAAUGACAGUUGAGGCCUUCACCUGAAACUCGGCCAGUUCAAAAUCUCAGUUUUUAUUCCCCCUGACAGUGGCUGUAAUACUCUGUGUACUAAUGGAUCAGUCAAGGGUUCAGUCGUAAUUUCAAAGCCUUAAACUAGUUCAGUGGUCUUUGUAGGUCCGAUGCUUCACAUCAGUUUUAUUCUUAACCGUGACUCCUCACAGGAUUUCUAAAAAAAAACCAGCCUGUUAUUCUACUUCAGGAGGAACUUCUACAAUAUUUAAGACUUGUUUUCUUCUUCAAAUAAAUUUAUUUUGAAAACUUGAUCCAGUCGAAGAAAAAAAAGGUGUUCACAUCACAUAUUCACAGUUACAAUCAAUGAAACUGCACGAAUGUUUCGUAGAAACGUGAGGAGCACAGAUUAAGAACAAAGCUCCAAGGAGAAAGCAGAGGAAGGAGAAAAGGCUGCCUCGACAAAUCACAGGUCAUGUUUCACUCUGUGACUCUGAGGAGGAAAAACACUUAUAGUUUUAAAAGUCCUCUGACUUCCUACUAAAAGGUUUACUGAUGAUUAACAGUGUUAUAUUGCAGCAGUUAAAAGGGAGCAAACGGUGCAGAAUGUAGAGACUCCUUGAAUCUUGUGGACGAUGCACGACGGGUUAAAGGCGCCCUGUGGAGUUUUACAUGUCGGUAUUUAUGCAACUUGAAAUGUUUCACAGCAGAAAACUUUGAUUGUAUUUGAGCUCUGAUGAAAACAACAAGAAGAGCGACACACAUGCAGAGAGUGCCCUGCAAAAACAAAUGACAGUCAAACUUUAGUAUCCAUCUAUAAAUAGAUAUCUGUAAGUGGAGCGAGACUUUCUACUCAUGUUGAGCACUCAGAGCCUCCAGGCCUCAUUCACCCAGUCACACACACACAUUCAUGCAGUGCUUUUAUUUAACACUCAGCCAUCCCAUAUUACUCUGCUUAUCCGCUCGCUCUCGUUGUGUUCGGCUGUUGUGGCGUCGAUCCGACUGUGCCUGUAAAUAACAGUAAUGUGGCGCACUGAGCUGAAUUUAUGUUACUGCAGUAAAUGACUAGAAUAGGUCUUUAGGUCAUUUUAAAUAUAUUUAUAUUCUUAAAUGUUUUGUUUGUCAUGUUUUAUUUCAAAUGGAGCCUUUCGCGUUCCUCACACUGAGGAAUUCAGCGUCAGACGCUGUCACACAUCCCUGUUUCUCUUAUUCCUGCAUAUAAAUCAGUCACGUUCACCAUAUUAUCAAACUGUGUCCGGUGUGGGUAAAGCUCACAGGGUUGAGCAGGUGGAUCAUAUGGCUUAAGGCUGUUGCAGAGGCCCGGGCUUUAAUCCGUCCAGAGGCCUUUCACGGUUCCCCCCGUCCUCUCUCUGUUGUUGCGACACAAUAAAAACUAAAAGCACCAAAAAUAUACUUUAAAAAACCCUUUUUUGAUUAUAUAUAGAUAAUCAAAUAUAGGCACCACGUUAUCUGAAGGUUCUGUUAAUUCAUGGCUGAACUUGACAGUUGAGCUGGAUCCAUGAUCAGUGUCUCAAGUCAAUGUUCAAAACAAGAUCUGUGGCACACUAAGUGUACAUUAUUCAGACAGUGCUGCAGGUGAGCAUCCUGCUAACUAAUUUUAGUGCUUUAAAAGGUUGAUUGAAUGAUUUUGAUAACGCGUAAGGCCUUAUUUUUUUGUUUUAGAAAGAGUGAAAGAAUUCAGUGCCUUUCUAGAUUUUUAACGAGGUUCGUGAGCCACCUGUGCACCAGGAAUAAAGGGAAUUGCGAGUGCAGGUCAAACAGGAGAUGCAGCAACUCCAUAGAGCACCUGUAAAGACCUGAGCUGUGAGACAGUCGCGCUCACACUGAGCCUGAUCUGUGUGUGUCUGCGUUAUUUACUAUUUGUGAGAGAGAUUUCAUUUCACAGCUGAGGAGUAAAGCGAUUUACUUGCACGAGUUUUCCUCCACACCUGCAGUGGAAAAUUUCAGUGGAAAGCUUUGCCUGCUGCCGGUGCGUCACAUAUUAAGCGGUUAAAGAGGCGUUAAAUGAGAAACGCUGUUUAUCUCAAGGAACACUUAGCGCCUCUCCUCCCCCCACACAGCUCUCACAGCUUCGCAGUCAUUCGAGGUAAAAUCUGCGUGCUUUUUACGUGGAUGCGGUUACUGUGGAGACCGGCCCGAGUGGACGGCCACACGAGACAAAAAUAGAUGCGAGGAGCUGGAUUUACAUCAGCAGGAGAAAUGUCAGACGGGACUGAUGGAUGGAGAGGAAAACAGGUGAUUAAUAAUGAGGGACUAAGCAAAGUUGUCAGCGCAGGAAUGAAUGAUUUUGGGGCUGAAGGUUGGACACUAUGCACACUUAUAGAUUUAUGCACUUACUGUGUUCACCUGUCAUGUAGAAAAGCUGCUGAUUUGUCAGAUGUGAGUGCUGCAGGAUCACGGUACAUGUUCAGUAUUAUGCAGAGUUCUGUUAUAUCCAGCUGUUCUGCCGCACUACAGAAACCCUGCAACGCUUUCAGCUUCACUUUCUCAUCUAAUCUGGUAAAUGUCUUGUCUGUGUGCAGCACUUUAUGCUUCUCAUUCACACUCACCAGUCAGGACCGUCAACCCUGUGAUGAGUGCAUGAGCAGCUCUGGCUCCUGAGCUCCCUCUAUACUGAAAGUAGAUUCAGAGAGGCCACUGCAGAGGAAGAGUGUAUACUGGAGACUUUAUGCACAGUUAGGCAGUUUCUCACUUCUGGGUUCAGUGACAGUUGUGUUAGCUGUGACCGUUACACAGUAACUGUCAGCCUGCUCUGGUUUCAUACAGACCACAGUAACCACAGGGCAUCGAGGAGGGUCAGCGCAUUCACACCCCGACUGUGAAAUACUGUCAGACGAUGCUAGUGCUACAGAAGCAUGUGCAGGGUGUCCUUCGGUCUCAGCGUGUCUCUUUGAACGUAGGGCCGCUCCUGCAACUAAUUGAUGAUCUGAGUAAACCUGAACCUGAACCUAAGUGACUCAUCAAAAAGCAAGAAAACACUUGGAACAGUUAAAUCUGGUUUGAUGUCCACACAGCUGAGCCGAGUGUUUUAGUGCAUCGCUCUCUGAUAUUUCAGUUUGAUCGAGGAAAUGAGCGGCAGUGUGUCAGAAUAAAGUCCCGCAGGAUGCUUCGUGGGGCUGUUGUCUGCCUUACUUUCCACCUCACAUAUGUGCAGUUUCUCAGCACAGAGGGAGAAGAGUGGGUUGAACCAACUAAUAAUUCUACUGCCGGACAUCCUUAUUUUAAAGAGCUGCUCAGGGACGGCAGAGGAGUAAGUGAUUUUAACCCACUUCUUACUUUCAGUUUAAGCAAAAAUGACUUUCUGAGAGGUUCAGCUGAGAUUGUGGUUUGGGUUCAAAUAUGCUUCUUUGCUGCAUUGAGGCUGCGCAGUGCUUUAGAUGUGAUGCCAAAGAACACUGUGUGCAUAGAAAAACCAGGCGGGGCAGCUGCAGGUUCUGCAGGAUCUGACGGCUUCAGGGCAUUACACAAAGCACCUUUCUCUCUGCUGAUCUCACAGCUGAUUGGUUUAGACCAAAAUGUGGAACGUAGUUUCCCCUCUCAGCCUCUGCAGCUCUCCAUGGCUGCCAGCUGUCUGUUAAUAACAGAUGACAUUAUCAUUGUUUUUAUUUUUACAUUACAAAGCCAGUCUGUGCAAAAAAUAUGAAACUCCUCCACCCGGAGUACUAGUUUCUGGAAGGUCACACCUGAUUUCUGUUUUCUUGUUUUUGUGUCUUAUAACCUGAGCUGGAGUUUGCAGUUUGCAGUGAGAGUGUUUCUCUGUGUUUUGUGACACUGACGUGAAAAUGAAAACAAUCAUUUGAGCUGUUAAGCGGAUGAAAUGUGAAAAACUGCAGUCGCUCCUCGGCCAGCUUGAUAAAUUCUUAUUUUAACGGUGUUAUUUGGGCUGAAGCUGUACGCAGACACGUCACAGAUGUUUCUAAUGGUUUGAAAAUGCACUUGUUGUGUCAGAUGUGCAGUUUUCAGUGUAGACUGUGCGUAUCCCACUUUAUGCAAGCGUAGCAACACGUGGAAGAAAUCAGUGCGUGGGGAGGUUUAGCGUGGAUCUUUUGGCCUUUGCAGCAGCACUUCAUCGUAGAGCUUUAUACAAGUUUAUUUUCUGGAAUAUGUUUGUUACAAACUGCAGAUCAUGCCUUUGUUUUUCUUCAUGUUUGCAUCUCUGAGAUGAGGGCUGUGAUUCUAUUCUAUUCUACUUUAUUAUAGUAAGAAAUGUGAAGAUCU